AUCAAAUCAUCUCAAUCAUGUGCAUAUAAAUAAAAAGUGAAAAUAUAAAUAUUGAAAACAGUUAUUUCAAGUUCUGUGGUAAAGUAAAACCUAAAGUUCUAGUGAUUCUGUUUAUUCCACCACGGCUCAGUUCAUUUUCAUUCUUCCAUCAGCAACAAUACAACAAUACGUAUGCUAAAGUAGACCAUUAUAAUUGGUGAAUUUUCUUUUAAUGUAUUUAUUGCAUUCACAUAAUGAUAAUUAAUUUGACUCUAAUUACGUUAUAUUUUGUGAUCGGUUAGCAAUUUGCUAACCAUACCAGUGUAACCAUAUCUUGAUUUAUCCUCAUGACGUUUGGAACCAAAGUAUGUGAUGCUUUAUGAUUGGCAAGCACCUUUUUAGCCACACAAGUGUGAUCUUAUUUAGGUCUUUAACCCUUAAAAAAGUGCAUUUCCACCAAGUCAAUUAUUCUACUUUAUUAUACAAAAUGAGCCAAGAACGGAGUAAACUUAUCAUUAUGGACAUGGCUUCAGUGUGUAUAGAGCCAUCGUUUUCAGAAAAUUUGGAAAAGAUUCGAAAGUCCAUGUUAAUUUACAAUUCCCAUGCUCCAGUUUAUGAUUUAAAUGAUAAACUUGCUUCUAAUGGUUACCGAAGCUUAAUAAAAUUGAUGGAAAAUUUCUCAAGACUGGCAUAUCAUGACAUGAAAUCGCGAUCAUUUGCUGGAGUAUCGCCUCACAUCGUCAAAAUGUCUGAAGUAUUUGCUAAAAUGUUUGAUCAUCUUGAUGAACGUAAAGUUCUCGAUAGUCAAAGCCUAAUGUGGCCUCCUGAUGCUGAUUUCAUUCAAAUAGCUUUCUCAUUUGAGCCCAUUAUGCACGCUUUUUACGCUCGUAAUCACAAUUUUUGGCUCUGUCCAUCACUCCGAUCUAUUCUUGGUAAUUACAUUUCAUUGGUUGCCUACAAAUCACUCAAAUUUUUCGACAUGUAUCGCCUUUUCUCUCGAGCCAGUACAUCACGGUUGUUUGCUGACUAUGCAUCAAAUGUUUCAAUCGAUUUUGUUCGCAUGGUUUGGGGCAUGUCUGAGGCCGCUUUUUAUAAAAAGCUUUACCCAAUGCUUCUGUAUGGUACUCGACCAUCAAGAAAAAAAACUCUUUAUGCUCCAAGACAAGAAUUUGCCAGAAUUGUUGGACAUGAUGGUUUAAUUGAAUUCAAUGAAUCUCACAGGAACAUUUGGAAUGUGAAUAAACCAGUGCGUUUUAGGUUCCUUCAAGAUACCAAAAGCAGUCUUUCAACGUCAACCUUGGUAUUCCACUGUCAUGGAGCUGGUUUCGUUGCUCAAUCACCUGAAUCACAUGAGAUUUACUUAAGAGACUGGGCAAUUAAACUUCGUGGAGUACCUUUGGUCAGUGUUGAUUAUCGUCUGGCUCCUGAGAAUAAAUUUCCUAGUGGACUUCAAGAUUGUCUUGAUUUAUAUUUAUGGAUAACCAGUGGUUUGGAUGAAGUCAAAGAUUUAAUUGGUUUCCACCCAAAACGGAUAAUUUUAUGUGGUGAUUCGGCUGGUGGAGGAUUGUGCAUUAGUCUUACUUUAGUCUUGAAUGAACUGAAAAAUUUAAUGAAAAUUCAGAUGCCAUCAUCGUUAAUUCCUUUCUAUCCUGUUUGUUCUUUACAAACCUGUGCUUCUCCAUCUCGACUAUUUACAUUUUUUGACACUUUUUUACCUCUUGGUGUAUUACUCAGUAUCUUGGAUGCGUAUUUUGUCGAUACCAAUUCAAAUGUUCCCACAAAAAGACAAGAUAAUAACAGUCAAACGCUCAAACAGAAACAAAUAUUUGGCAAAAAUCUUGAAAUAGGACCACAUUCCAUGACACCUCCGUGGUACAAGGAAAGCGACUUUAAAGAACGACUUGCUCAAAUCAACAAAAUAGCUGCCGAUCCUUUUGCAUCGCCAUUAAACUAUCAAAAUUUUUCGACACUCAAUGACGUUUCUCUCAAUAUUAUAGUUGGUGAAUUUGAUCCUUUACUUGAUGAAGCCAUUGAAUUCUCUAGAAAAUGGAAAGGUCCAAUCUCUUUGGAUGUUGUACCCAACAUAUCACAUGGAUUCUUGUAUUUCGCCAAUAUUAGUGUUCAUAGCAAAAAAGCCACCAAUCUGUGUUUCCAACGAGUUAUGGAAGCUGUUCAUUUUCCUCAAGCAAAAAUUUGAAUAUCACUUUUUGUUUAUCUAAAUUGUAUGGAAAUACUAAAUUGCUGUUGAUCAGAAUUGAUAUUUUAUAAAUUUAUUGUCAGUUUGAGAUUACCCUUUUUUUCAUUUGAACCUGUUUGAAGAUUUUAUCACAACGACAACAACAAACUGAAUUACAUUUAUUAUUAAGUCACUGUAUAAUUUGGUAAUUAUCUAUGUGACCAAAGAUUUAUUUGGCUUGUUAUAAAAAUUAUUAUUUGACUAGCUGCAAAGUAUCCAUUAAAUAAUAUAUGAGCUGAAUUGUUUACAUUUUGAUUCUGAAAUUUUAUAAAAAUAAAUGCAUUUUGGAUUCUCA